AUGUUAAUAUUUGCCAGUUCUGAACAAUUAGAUAUUUUACAAUCAUGUGAUGAUUUUCUUGUUGAUGGUACAUUUAAAGUUGUUCCUGAGAUUUUUUAUCAAUUAUAUGUUGUACAUGCCAUCUAUCAUGGACACGUUGUACUAGUUGUCUAUUCAUUACUCAGUCGUAAAAACAGUGAUACAUAUCAACGUCUUAUAAAUGAAAUAAUAGAAUUUGCUCCAUGCUGGUUUUCUGGUUCUAUUUUACUUGAUUUCGAAAAUGCAUGUAUUAAUAUAUUCGACAGUAGUUUUGUUAAUAUAUCAUUAUCUGGUUGUUAUUUCCAUUUUCGUCAAAAUCUUCAUCGACAACUUCAGGCAUUAGGUUAUCAGAAUCAUUAUCAAGAAGAUGUUAAAUUUGCUCAUAAUAUUAAUAAAAUAGCUGCGUUAGCUUUUAUUCCACCUUGUGAUGUAUUACAUGCAUAUUCACGUCUUGCAUUAGAUUUUGAUGAUGAUUACCAAGAUAUUUUAAAUUAUUUUGAAGAUACAUAUAUAGGACGACUUCGCCCUAACAAUACACGACGUCAACCAAUAUUUAGUAUUAAAUUUUGGAAUAUGCAUACAAGGACAACACAAUUAUCCAUGAGUACAAAUAAUUCUGUAGAAGCAUGGCAUCGUCGUAUAGGAUGUGUAUUUCAAUGCGCACAUCCUACGCUUUGGUCAUUUUUACAAAAACUAAUUCAUGAAGAACAUGCAACACAUGCUGAUAUUGUUCAUAUAAAUAGCACCAAAACAUAA